UUUUAAUAAUUUUUUCCUACAAGUGUUUCUCUGAUCUCACGUUUUGAAAUGUGUUCACAAAAGAUCAUCUACAUGCACGGAUUCAAGAAGAUUCACAAGCGCCGCAAGGCUGACCUGUACGAAGCGUUGAGCACCAUUGAUCUGAUAAAGCCACAGCGCUCAACGGUCACGGACGAUUAUCCACCGUACGAUGAUUCUGCUCUAUCGCUGGAUCAAGUCAAGCAAGACCUGCAAACUCUGCAGUGGCAGGAGUGUCCUGUACAAUCAAUCCAUGCCGUUCAUCCAACGAUGCAAGAUAAUCCAGCUACAUCCAGUUGCAGUGAUGGCGUCUCUAGAGGCAGCGCCGUAUCAUCCUUCACCAUCCGCCGUAAACGGCAGAGAUCGGGGAGGAGGAAGAGAAUGAGUGCCGUGGACCGUGGAGGCGUUGAACAGGGUAACGUUACCGUUGGCAUUAUGAACGGCGGCGUUGAGUCUGGCGUGUCACGUGAUCAUGAUGCUGUUCUGAUCCAGCCUGAGUCCUCUUCGUUAUUUGUUGAUACGUACAGCUGGGACUUUUGAUUGGAUGGGGCUAAUCCACUUGUCCAGUUGUCAUUAGUCUAUAAGUUUUUG